AUGGAGAAAAUCAUUGGGGAUGAAGAUCGUAUAGAAGAGAGGAUGAUCGGAUCGCCUUCUAGCGACGGAAAGAUGGUGAUAAAACUCAAGAUUCCGAAGCUCGCGGCGGCGAUAGAAGGUGAGAAAUCGUCGGAGGAGGAUGUGAUCGGAAGCUUCUCGACGUCGAGCUCGAGAAUGGCGAAAGAAGGUGAAACGAUGAAUCAAGGAAAAAGGGUUUGUCCUGAAUGUAAAAAAGAGUUCAGCUCGGGGAAAGCAUUGGGAGGUCACAUGAGGAUUCAUGUUCAAGCCGCUAACAAGAACACUUUUCUAAAACACUCAUCCAAAACAACUAAGUUUAACAAAGAUGCUUAUCAUGAUUUCAACAAUGGCGAUGAGAAUCUGAAGAAACAACAUCAACAGCAACAAGAAGAAAGAAAACCCUAUUAUGCUAGCUGCGUGAAUGAUGAGGGUAAACCCACAUGUUCUCUAUGUGGAAAAAUCUUCCCAUCCAUGAAAUCACUGUUUGGACAUAUGAGGUGUCACCCCGAACGACUAUGGCGAGGCAUUCUACCACCACCCAACACCCCAACCCCAACCGCCGUCGCACCCCGCCGUAACCUAGUGAAAAAUAAACCAAGCUAUUUUGCUUCUUCCACUUCUUCUUCGUCUUUAUCUGAGAAUUAUGUCAAUGAAGAAGGCAGCAACGUCGUUGAUGACGGUGGCGCCGGCGGCGAUCAGGUGGUUGAUUUGACAAAGUUUUUACGGGGGUGGUCGGUGACUGAACGGAGAGGCCGUAGGGCGUUGAAAGCAGCUGAUGACGAUAAGGUGUUACUGGAAGCGGUGGAGGAUCUCAUGAGCUUAGCUCAUGCCGAUCCAUCUCCGGCGGAAUCCGAUGUUACUCAGAGGCAGUUAGGAGUGGCGCCGGUGGUGGUGCUUGAGCGUUCCAACAGUAAUUCUCUAACAAAUAAAGAUCAACAUAAAAUCGACGAAAAAUCUCCUUCUAUUCAUCUUCCGGUGUCGACAGGGAAAGGAAAAGCAGCUAUGGUGGAAGAAAUCGAACCGGUGAAAAUGGAGUUUGAUGGUAUGAUCAAGAAUUUUUCUGACAACGAAUCCGAUUGUAGAAACACCCAACAUUUACUGAUUAAUUACAAAUACAAGAAUCCAUUCAGUAAUCCUUCUUACAACAGUCCUACCAAGAUAAAGAAGAGGAAGAAGAUGAAGCUGAUGAUGGAAUUGGAACAGCUCCCCAUCGUCGCCGGUGACCCAACUCUUCCACCACCUCUCCUGCUUCCAUUGUCAUUGUCAAUACCAGAACAUCAUGAGAGUAAAUACAAAUGCACCACCUGCCAUAAAUGUUUCGCAACUCAUCAAGCACUUGGUGGGCAUAGAUCAAGUCACAACAAAACAAAGCUCACAUCAACAAUCGAUCAUCAUCAUCAUCAUCAGACUGAACCAGAGGAUUACGAGAGCUCUCUAAUGAAUCUAUCCGAUGAACAUGUGGAGAAAGAAGUCGAAUUCGCAGCUGAUGCCAUGGUGACUCUGGGGAGCAAUGGUAUACUUCAUCAAUGUAAAAUCUGCGACAAGAUUUUUCCAACAGGACAAGCACUUGGUGGGCAUAAGAGGUGCCACUGGACUGGAACCAUCGAAGCACAAGCAGCUCCGUCGAGCCAAAUCACCUCCACCGGAGAAGCAGCUAGUAGCGGCCGCCGGAAAGGUCUUGACAUUGAUCUGAAUGAGUUUCCUCCGGCUACAAUGAUGGAAGAUGAAGCUGGAAAUGUAAAUGGAAAUGGAUAUGGCUGGUGUUAUGUGUUUGAAUUUUAUUGGUGA